ACACGAGCAGCUCCCUCCCCUCACAUAGCUCAGCUCCUCUCUCUACAGGUACACUACAGACUAACAGCCGGCAGGCACAGGGACCCAUGGGAGCAGCAGUCUGACUAUCAGUGGAAGUGCCGCGCUUCCUGGACUGGAGAAGCAGAUAAUAUAAGAGCGGGGGAGCGGUAACUACACUGUCACUCUCAUCCCCUCAACUCGCUCCGCAGGGGGAGCCCGAGUUUAGCUUGUCCCCGGCACUGGCAGAUUGGCUCCUCGGGCAGCUGCAAUGGGAUUAUCACAUUCUCACUCUGUGGAGACCCGGCAACUAGCGGAGAAGACUGGCUUCUCUGCAGAACAGAUUGAACAUUUACACAAGAGAUUCAACAGUUUAAGUGGAGACCAGCUAACCAUCAGGAAAAGGCACUUGUCUGAAAUUUCAGAUUUGGUCCUGAAUCCUAUCCGAUCAAAAAUAAUAGAUGCCUUUUUUGACAAACGGAACCUACGGAAAGGGCCAAGCGGAUAUGUAGAAGAAAUUAACUUUGAAGAGUUUCUGAUAAUAAUGUCCUAUUUUCGUCCUCUGAAUCAGAAUAUGGACGAAGAAAACAUAAGUGUGUGUCGGAAAGACAAGCUGAGAUUUCUCUUCAACAUGUAUGAUUCAGACAAUGAUAGCAAGAUUACCCUGGAGGAAUACAGAAAAGUGGUAGAAGAACUCUUAUCUGGAAAUCCUCAUCUUGAAAAGGAAACAGCAAGGUCCAUUGCAGAUGGAGCAAUGAUGGAAGCUGCAAGUAUUUGUGUUGGGCAAAUGGAACCUGACCAGGUAUAUGAAGGGAUUACAUUCGAUGACUUCCUCAAGAUCUGGGAGGGAAUUGAUAUUGAGACUAAAAUGCACAUCAGAUUCCUAAACAUGGAGAGCAUUCCAUCCUGUCACUGAAUUCUGAGCUUCUGACCCACAGAUCUUGUGAUCUCCAGACUAUUUGUCCCAACAGCUGGUUAAGCUGUUUUCUCUGCUUGUGAGGAAGAGUCAAUGUUGGUUAUGACACACAAGUGACCAAUCCCAUGCUGUAAUGUGCAGCAGAAAAGAAAUGGCAGUAUGGGACAACUCCAAGGGGAAGGUGACACUAAAGUCUAUGCAAAUUUGUAUUUAUAUCUCGUUUCUUUGGAGUAUUUAAAACUAUAAGAGAGCUAUAUUAGCUGUAUGUAAAAAUACUGAGUUGUAAUAAAAGAUUUGUUUGUGGUUA